CGGAGCAGCUGCUCGAAUGAAGUGAGGAGCUGAGGGCUGGAAAGAGGGUGUGAGGAGCCGUGAACACACCUCGGCCAAACCCAGCCCUCACCUGGAGAGCAGACCAUUACUUACUGCAGAGACAACUGAUGCUUAGUACCUUCCAACUCCUGCGAUUUCCGUGUCUCCAGUAACGGCUCACAACAUCGAGGCACUGAAGCCGGAAUCUUCAAUGAUUUAGGAUUAAAGAGCGCGAGUGAGAGGGACCGAGCUGUAAUCUGAUUAUAAACAGAGGCGUUGUUUAAACAAUUGGAAGCUAGGAAUCAGUUAAAAAAAUGAACUACCUUCCUAUUCACUUAAUCGUGAUGAUAUGGGGCCUGUGUGCAGCUCAAAGACACGUCCAGGUACAGGAAGGUCCAUUGAUCAGAGCAGAAGGAUACCACAUAACCAUUUGGUGUAAUGUAUCUGGAUAUGUGGGUUCCACACAGCAGAACUUUGAAUGGUCCAUCUAUCUGCCUUCUGCACCUGAAAGGCAAAUCCAGAUAGUCAGCACAAAUGAUCCUGGCUACCCCUAUGCUGUCUAUGCAGAGAGAGUCCAUAAUAAUGAGGUCUACGUUGAGAGAAUUGAUGGAGACUCAGCACUGUUACACAUCACCAAUCUACAACUACGAGAUACAGGGGAAUAUGAAUGCCACACUCCUAACACAGAAUCAACCUACUGGGGAUCCUACAAUGCUAAGGGGAACCUGACAGUCAUUCCAGACACGCUCAGUGCAACAUCGGUACCCCAGACCCUGGAUAAGGUUGAAGGUGACUCCCUGGAACUGGUCUGUGAAGUAUCUAAACAAACAUCACAACACACACACGUGGCUGUCGCAUGGUACAUACAGAAGGGAAAUCAGAAUCUGAAGGUCAUCUCUCUCACACGAGAUUUCAUCCUACGAACUGGAGAUUCGUACAAACAAAGGCAGGCAUCAGGAGAUGUACGAUUGGAUAAGAUUGGAGCAACUUCAUUCAAACUCACCAUCUACAAACUGCAAGCAUUUGAUCAAGGAGAGUUCUACUGUGAGGCUAGAGAAUGGAUCCAAGACCCAGAUCGGUCUUGGUUCACCAUAGCUACCAAGCGCACUGACAAAACAAUUGUGAAUAUAAAAGCAACUGAUAAGAACUUCAAUGUUCAGUUAGAGAAUGAAAGGAAAAUUCUCAUAGCUGGAGAUACCAUGGAAAUAAGAUGUAUCAUUGAAGCUCAAAACAUACAGGAUCGGUAUUUUUCAGUGUUGUGGAUCUUUAAUGGCACACAAAUUGCCAACAUUGGCCGUAAUGCUGUAGCAACAGUCAAUGGUGAAUAUGCAAACAGAGAUCGCCUGGGAUAUGUAAGGUUCACAAAGGAGACAGAUACAACAUACCUGCUGAAAAUCUACCAUGUUCAACUGGAGGACAGUGGCAAAUACCAUUGUCGGGCCACAGAGCAUGAGAAAACAGUGACGAGAGAAUUCAUUGCCAGAGAUACCAACAAAUCUCCUAAAGUUUUGAUCCAUGUCCAGUCUAUCAAAAGUAGCCUGAGUACAACAGUUACCAGUAAUACCACUAAGGUUUUGGAGGGUAACUCACUCGAGUUCACUUGUGAUGUUCAAUCAGCAAUCAGGAACCACAGCCGCCUUUCUGUUGCCUGGCAGUUAAUCAACAAGCAGAAACAGGUUACCGAUAUCAUCAGCUUGGACCAGGAUGGUACUCAGGUUAUCGGUACACUCUACCGUAAGCGUGAUGCUAAUGGAGAACUCAGGCUGACCAAACAGCGACCAGAUUCUUUCAUCUUGCGGCUACAUAAUUCAGUGAUAUUGGAUGAUGGAGAGUAUGUCUGUACAGUCACUGAAUGGAUCAUGAACGUGAGUGGAGAUUGGCAGCAGAUAGGAAAGCAAUCUGCUCAUAUUGUAGCGGUGAUAACACCUCUUGAAACAGGUUUCAGUGUUACAGCAAUAACACGAACACCAUCGGUGAUCUAUGAUAAUGCAUUUCAACUUCAAUGUUUCAUCAGACCAACCUAUCCUUCUCGAGUAUCAGUUUCUGUCACGUGGAAAUUCCAGCCUGCUGGAUCAAGCAAUAGCUAUGACAUUAUCACCUUCGCCCGUGACACAUCCAUUUCGUGGGGGGAUAAGGCGACAAAUUUUACAAAUAAAAUAAUGAUAACAAAGGCAGUGUCUAAUACUAUCCGUCUGGUGGUCAAUAAAGCCAGUGACUUGGAGGCUGGGAAAUACCAGUGCAUUGCUGAACUGUGGCACCAAAACCAGGUGGACCAAUGGGUGAAGAAAAUCAGCAAAUCUUCCAAUAUUCUGGAGGUGAAGGUUAAACCCCCUGAAUGUAAAUUAAAAGUCAAUCAAGCAAAGAGAAACAUUGUUGUGAAAGAAAAUGACAAUAUUCAUUUAAACUGCUACAUCAUAAAUCAAACAAGACCAGACUCUCAAUUCUCUGUGCAAUGGCACGUUCAGAAAUCACCGGAGAAAGCUGAUAAGCUGAUCCUGAAAUCAAACCGUGACUCGGUGGUUGAGCACAAGGACUGGUUAGGAAGAGACAAGAAGAAGGAGAGACUACAAGUUGCAAAACCUUUUACUGGGCAUUAUACCUUGGUCUUACUAAAAGCUGACAUUAAUGAUAGUGGGAAAUACUAUUGUCAUGUGGAGGAAUGGCUACUAAGCCCCAAUAACAUCUGGUAUAAAAUUGGAGAGGACACAUCUGGACAGACCAUUGUCACUGUCCAGCGCCCAGAAAGCAACUUGCAAACUGACAAAGUUGAGAAAAGUAUCGCUGUGCCUGAGGACAGCCAAAUUCAACUGGAAUGCAAGAUCAGCAACCGUACUAACCUAGACUCCCAAAUAUCUGUGACGUGGUAUUCCCAGAAAAUAGAGGGGCAAGAACAAUACCCCAUUCUCCACCUGAAUCGGAAUUCUGUUUUUGAAUAUGGCAGCUCCAUCAAUGACAGUGCAAGUCUGAGGGAUAGACUACAAUUUGAAAAAGCUACUAAUGAUCUAUAUAAUGUGAUACUGAAGAAAGCAACGACAUAUGAUAGUGGCAGUUAUUAUUGUUAUGUGGAAGAGUGGCUACUUGACCCCAAUGAUGUUUGGUAUAAACUGGGAGAGGAUCAGUCUGGACUGACUUUUGUGACUGUACAACAACCAGAAUUUAAAAUGCAAGUGGAUAAAACUGAAUUGAAUAUUAGCAUACCAGAGAAGGACCUGUUUCAGCUCACCUGUAAUGUAACCCAUCAAACACAAGAUAAUUCUCAAUUUGCUGUAACUUGGUUCAUGUGGAAAGUCAAAGAAGGUGCUGACCAAAUUGUGAAGGAGACCAUUUUAAAAGUUGAUCACAAUUCAGUGUUUGCAUUUGAUGUUUCCCUGGAUGGAGUCGAAGGAAUGAAGGAGAGACUGCAGUUAGAGAGACCUUCCAAUGGACUGUACAUCUUGACUGUGCAGGACUCUGCCAGCAGUGAUACAGGCAACUACUCAUGCCACGUGGAGGAAUGGAUUCAAAACGCCAACAAUGUCUGGUAUAAACUAGGAGAGGAUGAGUCUGGGCUGGUCAUGAUCACCGUACAAGAAAAAGGUUCUUCUCUUCAGGAAGCAAUUUGUUCAAAUGAUGCCCUUUUCUACUUUAUAUUUUUCUACCCUUUUCCAAUUUUUGGAGUCCUGCUUAUUGCCAUUUUAUUAACACGCUAUAAAACCCUAAACUCACAGAAGAAGUCUGAUGGCAAAAAUGGUGUCCCAUUGCUCUGGAUUAAAGAACCCGCAGUGACUUAUUCUCCAACAAGCCUUGAGCCACCAGAUUUCAGAAUAGGACCAGGAAGCCUCGGUUAACAAAGGAGCAGGCAAAUGGCUUUCAUAAAAAAAUCUAAAUGAUAUUCAACUGAUGGGGUUAAAGUUAUAAUGAAUUAAGGAUCAAUAAUUACCCUCCCAAAAAAAUCCACGUUUGGAAGCAAUAUCUUCCACAUUAAGAAUGUACAUUCUGAGGGUCAUGGCAGUGAGGUAGGAGGGAGAGUGGGUACUUUUAUUCCAAGAUAUUCGCCUCAAUUGGUCUUCUCCCCAUUACUCCCAACACAAUUAGUUGAUAUAUUUGGAAUGUUUAAUUUUACACUAAUAUAGAUGUGUAGUCUUCUGCCAACUGUUUGUACUGCAUGAGAGCUCUGCUUGUCACACUAGUCUGCCAUGUGUAAUAAGUCUGACCUCAUUAAAAUGUCAGAUGAUCUCCUAAAUGUUAAGACUAUUGUCAAUUUUGAAAAAUACAGAACUGUAGCAAAUGCAGACCUGUGGAGAGAAAUAUUGAGCUGUAAUGAUGUAAGAUUUAGGAUUUUUUAAUGCUUCAUUACACUUAACUGCCCCAACGCUUAGUUACAAUGUCUGAGAAUAGUCAACACCAAAUCGGAAACAUCUAACUGGAAGGAUGGACAUAACAUCCAGACUUUCUAUUCAGUCAUUGCACUGUUCUGAACAUUUGAACAAUGGAACAAAAGAGGAGUGGAAACUUCAUAAAAGCUGGGAAGAAGCUGUAGCACUAAAGACUCAAAGACGUUGUGUCAGUUUUUUGACAAGUGUCAAAUGACUAGAACUUGUGCAAUAGAAAAGCAAGGAACGACACCCUGCAAAGAUCGUCAUCAAUGUUAUGACUGCAUUAUGACAGGAUUACACAAACACAAGUAUUACUUAAUACAGGAUAUGGACAAAGAAAUUCCAUCCCUUCUUAAUAAAUAUAGAUAAAGCUUAAGUAGACUAUUAGCAAGUACAGCCAAUGUUUCUCAUUGAUGAAUUUUUGAUACAGAAAUCUGAUCAAGCUGCAAUUGUGUAGAAUGGAAAGUAGUCAUGCAGCUGGAUAGUUUUUUUUUAUAUGUUGUUUUUGCACUUUUUGAAAAACUUUUUAUUCUGUGUUUGAACAAGAAUUGUUAUGAUUGUCUGUUUCGUUCUGAUAGUGUUCUUUUUGAAAGAGUGUCAUUUGGUCAAAGGAAAUGGUGACAAGUCUGAACAGAUUCAGUGCCCAAGCAGGUUCAAUGUGCUGACAGAAUCCUGGGUUUUGUUGCAAGCCCAUUUAGUCUAAUCAUGUAACACAUGUGUCAGCUUGAAUAUCUUCAGAAAAAUCUCAAACAUUCUACAUUCAAGAAUAUUCUGUUGAAACGAAAUCAAUGUGUAUUUACCAUUUUAAUCAUGUAAGAUUUCACAUCACACAGUGAGGUUAUGCUGUGGGUAGUUUUGAAUUAUUGAUGAAUUUUUCAGGGUAAAAAUGUUUUGCACUAAAACAAAAAUGAUGAUUUAAUUGAAUCAAACUCUUAAAAACCACAAAUUCCACAAUAGGGGGAGAAAAAAAUUGAAUAUUUGAGUGAGGAAAGAGAAAUGAGCUUGGAAAGGUGAAUGCCAGAGAUCUGAGUAGUCUUAUGAGGGCAGCAUCAAACCAUGGGGAUAGAGUUCAAAACAAGAUAAUAUGUGAGAGGAUUAACCAACCUAGCUAGACCUCUAUGCAUAACUAAAUUUUUAGUUUUCAUGUUGAAUUGAUAUAAUUUUGAUGCAAAUCAGUUUUGAAUUGAUAGGUGAUUAUUUGAUUCAUUUGAUCUGAUAGAAGAGAUCUCUGAGCUGUUCACAUAAAUCCCACUGCACAAACUAAGCAGAAUAGAAUUAACUGUACUUUCUAGAUAAAAUUACUCUUCUUUCAUCUGGUUUAUGUCCCUCCGUUAUCACAUGUCAUGCAUGUCAUAUUUCUAAAAUUCCCUCCCUAAUAGCAUUGUGGGUCAACCCACAGCGGGUGAACUGUAGUGAUUCAAGAAGGCAGCUCACCACCACCUUCUCAAGGGCAACUAGGGAUGGUCAAUAAAUGUCGGCCAGCCAGCGAUGCCCACAUCCCACAAAUGAAUAAAAUAAAAUGUAUAAAAACCAUGUACCAGGAGCACAGUACUCAAACAGGUAGGGCUGUUGUAAGCCAAUGCAUCCCUAACUUAGUAUUUCUAAUUUAUACACAAUUGUUACAGUUCACAGAAGCUGCAAAUUUUCGGGUGAGAGUCUGAUAAUACCUUUACCUGCCUUCAGUGAUAUUUGUUGGAUGACCUGCAAUGGUUUCAGGUUAUACUUGGUAUUUCUAAUACUCAGCACUUUUGUUAAGUUUGCUGUCCUCUUGCAGUAAUGAUGAAUUAUGAUAAUAAGUUUUGUUUAAAAAUUUGCUUUAGUUUUCCUCUAAAAUCUAAAUUUAUAUCUUGUUUGCAUGUCACAGCAUUUCAUCCUGAACACAAUCACUUGAUUCCUCAUCUGAUCAAGUACUUAGGCAAAAGAUACUCCUUUUGAGUAUGUGGCCAGUGGCACACAAUGUGUUCAUUGGACAGGGUAGCAAGGGAGAACAAGCCUUUGAUGUCCAAUUGUUAUGUAUAGCCAUGAGUGGAGAAUAUAAAAGAGCUGUGGAGUUGCUGGUAAAGUUAGUUGAUCACUUAUAGUCUCAUGGACUGUUCUACACAGUCCCAAUGCCAAGUGAAGUGAUGGAUUAAAAUGUCAAAUCUAAAGUAACAUGAUGUAUAAAUAGCCUAAAUUGUGUCCUUUCCUCCCUAGUGUCAGAAGUUCACAUUGUAACAUAACCUCUGCAUUGCACAUUAAUAUCACUAUAAUAAGUUCAACAUUCAUUAAAAGGUUUGAAUUCCCUGGCCUAUGAAACUUGCUUUCGCAGAUAUUUCCUCUGAAUUUGUGCUUCUCCGAAUUUGGGUUAUACUGAUUUGAAAGUAUCACUUACCCAGCUUUAUGUUGGAAAGUGAGACAUUCAUUUACAUAACUCUGAACUUAUUAAGUACUAAACAUUCAAAAGAGGUUAAAAAAAAAGCACAAAGGAAGCAGUAAAAAUGUGUUAUUGAGUUAGUAAACCAAAGCAGUUCAUUCAAAUAAAGAUUCUCAAGUAUGAGUGGAAGAAUUGGGAAAUUACCAUGUAAAAUAAGUUCCAGAAAUACAGCUUAAGCAUUUUCUAGUGGUAAAAUGCAAUAGAAUAUCACAAUCUCUAUAAAGGCAUGGAACCUAAUGAUAAAUGAGUAAUCAAAUAUGUUAAAUAUUUGAGUUUGACUAUCAAUUUCGGUUAAAGAUCAUCCCGAGAUGCAUCAGUAGUAGAAUUGCUGAAUUAUAUUUUUGUGGAGUUCACUCAACGAACAGACGGAUCCAGCUGAAAACUGUGACUGGUCUGCAAAGAAGCGAUGAAUUUACAUCUGGUAAUUAAAUACACUGCAAAUUAUUAGUCCAGUAAUGGAUGAAUUGUUUUGGGAACGCUGUUAUUUAAGAUAACAUAAAUAUGACAGGUUGUAGAAGGCACCAAUUUAGCUGAUGAAAAGGUUUGUUUCAUCAAACUCACUGAAACAUUUGGCUAUACUGAGAAAUUGAACAGUUUUUCUGGGUUCAUAGCUUGGUACUGACUAUGAAAUUGUUGACUGAAAAAUUCUAUUGGGCAUUCCCGAACACUUUUAAUUCUGGAAAAUUUCUGGUGGAGUUUCACCAACUUUGGAUAAUGCUGACUCUAAAAAAAGAUCAAGGAUACAGAUUCUGAUUUACCCAACACAAUCUGCAAGUUGCCAAGUUGUGUGAAAUGGCAACAGCAAUAUUUCUGGACAACGUCAAUUGGCACCACCACCAAAGCCAUGAAUGAGUAAAGUAGCAAUAUGGGUCUAUUAAACUUGAGUCUUGACUGAGCAAGCCAGGAAAGACAUAACUGGUUCUGCACUAGCAUUCACAAAAGAUCAUACCGCAACUUCAAAAAGCAGACUGUAAUUGGGCAUUAUCUGGGGCUUCAGCAAAUGCAUAUUCUACUUUUGAGUUUGGUUUGGAUAAUUGAGCAGAAAUGUAAAAAUGACAAAUGAUAAAGUUGGUGCCUAGAGCUUUGUUGCGUAUUGCGGAAAAUCCUAGUCAGCAAUAUUCUGAUAAUACAAGUCAUGCAAGCAUACUCUUUAAUUAAUAUUUAAGUGAAAGUAUAAUGACAUGAAUGAUGUGCACUAUUCAUAUCAUUCCCAUAACCUACAGGGAAACUGAUAAUGAAUUUCAAAUUGCAGAUAUUGCAAGUUUCCAAGAGUUGUAAAAAAAUUGGCAUGAUUUUUAACAUUUUCAUUAUCUACUUGUGCAAUCAAAAGAUUUUUUUGUUCAGUGAAAAUGCACAUACAAACUUUUUAUUGAGAAAAGGCUGAAAGAGGCCAAUCAGCCCAUUGAGUCUGCACCUACCUUUUGAAAAGCAUCCUAUUCCCCCACACCAGGGUUUUGUAAAGAGGAAGUAUCUAUGUGAUAGGAAACAUCUAUGUGAUAGAAACGGUAUUAAUGUUAUUGAAAUCCAAGAUUAACUAUUUCUAUCCCAAACCUCAAAACAUUUUUUUUAAAUCUCAAGCAACAGUUGAUAAAUUCUGACCAUGCUCCUCAGUUAAAUAUGUGUUUAAGUUGGUAAGUGGUUUAUCACAAAUCGCUUAUUCUGGUAGGUACAAAACUGAAUUACAAUAUAUCAGUAUCAGUAAACUGACAGUGAUAAGCCAAAUAUUUUUCCCCCUUUUGUUUUUUUCCCCUUUAGUUAAUUUUCUAUAUUCCUUCCAUACCACCUGAAGAUCCUGAAUCUUGCUGGAGAAUUCUGUUCUUAAACUGUCCCCAGGGGUCAAGCAAAAUCCUGUUUCAACUUCAAUUCAUUUGGGUUCUGAAAUGGCUAAUCAGUCUAUUGCAUGAUCUGUAGAUUCUAUCAAAGGUGGGGUAGGUGACUCUUUAAGAUUGGGUAGGUGGACUGUUUAGAGGUUUAUGUCCCUCCAAUGCCUUGACUUCACCUCUUUAUUUUCCUGACAAAGUGUCACGAUGCUCUCCUGAACGAGCCUUCCCCAUUUUCAUUAUUCACAAGAAGGUUUUUCAUGAGUCAGUGGGUAUGUGAGACCUUUUCUGGAAUGUUUUAAGGAGAUCUCUAAAGCAUUUCUGCCAGUCUCCUGGGAGUUUCCUGCUACAACUGAUCUCCAAGUGGAACAUUGCUUCAGGAGCCUGAAAUCAGGAAUAUGAAUGGCAUGUUCAGGUUCAGAGCUGGUUUUGACUCAUUUGCAGCUUAACGUUAGGCAAAAGUCACUGGACCAUCUUUGCGGUCACCAGAUUUGUAAAAACUUCUAAAGGUACCACUCAUGGUAUUUCUCCAAUGCUUUGAGAUACUUUCUAUAGAUUGUUCAAAUCUUUAAAGCUGACACAACCUUGCUCGAGUACAAUUCCAUGUACGGCACCCCCAGUAUGUCAUCCCAUCCAAAUUGGCAGUCUUUAUUUCUGAUCCUGAAUAGUAAUUUCCAGUAAACUGCUUGAUUAUGAAUGGUGUAAAGGAUGUAUCUGUUCUCAUUGACAUUUUCCAGCCUCAGUCAUUCUGUCUAGAAUUCGGCCUCCAGUUCAGAGUGGCUGGAUGCAAUUGAAGUACGCAGCUGCGUCUCAAAGGGCCCAAGUAAUUCAGUACACACCAUUAUUCAACUAUUUACCUUUCUUUCCUGGAUCAACUGCUUUCAUAGAAUCAUACAGUACAGAAUGUGGCCAUUGUGCUUUUGUCAGCUCUCUGAGAUAUCCAUAUUUGUGCCAUUACCAUCCUCUUGCCCCUAACAGUGCAAAUGUUUCCUUUUUGAGGGUAUUCCAGUUCACUUUUGAAUCUGCUUUCAGCAGCCUUUUAGGCAAUGUGUUCCAGUUAAUGAAUGUAAUAACAGCUUGCUACUUAAAAAGAAUUCUCUCCAAUUCCCCUCUGGUUCUUUUGACAAUUGUCUUAAUUAUGUACUCUUAAUACCAGCCUUCUGCCAGUGGAAAUAUCUUUUUCCUCAUUUAUAUUUAUAACAAAACAGUUUAUUUGAAAUAUUACAUAUGUUUGGGAAGCUGUGUGGAUGGAAAAUAGGCAUAUCAAAUAAACCAGUUAAGAGACAUUAGGUAUUUGCUAAAGUUCCAAUCAAAUCUUUCAAAUCAGCAUGAUUCCAUCGUGUAUUCAAAUUCCUCUCAGUGCAAAUUCUAAUAUGUUUGCUAGACAGAUUGAAAGAGAGCUAUUCCAAGUUUGAAUCCACUUUAUUAUAAAGAUAUUUUCAACAGAUACCUCAAUCUUCCAUUUCUCACAAUAUCUAUCAAUCUGUGGGAUGACUGGGGAAUUAGCCAGAUACUUUUCACCUGAAGAAAUGGAGCAAAUCUCACUGCAUACGUCUUCCUUCAUUUUUUUUUGUUUUGCAAAUUUGAAUUUCAGAGAAGAAAUGACUUCUAUGUCAAAACUAUGCUAAAUAAUAAUUGAGUGCACCAUUUUCCAGUUGGUCAAAUUCAAACUAGAAGUGGAUAUCUAAAUCUAUAUAUUUCUAUUAGUUAUGGUAGUAAAUAUUAUUUUAAAUUACAUUUAAUUAAGUCUGCAUGUAUUAUCCAUGUAUUACGGCACCUAUAACAUUUAAUAGGACAGUAUUUUGUGGGUUAGAUAUUGCUGGUUGAAAUCAAUAUGAUAUAUGUGAAUAUAAUCUGUCAUGGACUUUUAGUAUAAUUUAUAAUAACCUGUUGCCUGACAAGCUGAAUGAGCCAUAUCAUUUGUCAUCAGAUCUGGGGGGUAAAGGUGGGUGUUGAUACAAAGUGAAAUUGAAAACUUUUAAGUUUUUUGAAAAUUUUUUGAAAAAUUUUUCAAAAUAUGUAUCAGUUAUUUUGGAAAAUUGGGUAGAUGGUGGAUGCAAGGUAGAAUACAGAGUUCAAGUAUAAUGGAUUGUGCAUUUCAGGAUUGAUUUGACCAUCAUAUUUGUCUGAUUGUUCCAUGUGAAGCUGUCUUUUGCUGUUCUGCUCACAACUGUUCUUGAAAUAUUUUAUAAAAUGGUAUCAGCACAUAACUACUAAUGAAUGGGACCAUUGUUAGUGUAAUGUCAGCGAGUUAUUGCACUUUGAAAAACUCACAAGCAUCUUGGAGCUGUUCCAAUUUUGAAUGUGAGUUUAAAUGUUUAAAAUGCUAUCGAGUAGAGCUUGCAAUGAAUAUAGUUGAUUAUUGCACAUUCAGCAACAUGUUCCAAUGGUCAGAAAGUGAUUUACUGCAAACUUCCUUCGUGAUCAGGUUGAUCAUCAGACAAAAGUGGGUUAAGUUUUUAGCCUCACCACAUGGACAGUACUCUGGUGGAGUGAAAUGUCCUUCCCCUCCCAGCCUGUUAUGGAACCUAUCAAUGGAAUGAAAUUCAAGUGGCUUGAACAUUUGGCAGUGAUCUACAUCAUUAGCUUACUGCCUAUGUGAAUACUAGAUGAAAAUUUACCCCAUAGUUUCAGCAGAUAGAAAACUUAGAUGCUGAAUGCCAUUAGAAAUAUAAUUAAUCUCAUCCAGUCAACACAACUCUAACGUCCAUUGUAAGGUUUCCCACACAGGUAGAUGCUAAUUGUGGAUUUACACAGAGAAAACAAACAUUACCACUGAAUACAAGAAUGAUAAUUUGACACUGAAACUGAAUCAUUGUAUUUCAGGUGGUCCUAUGUUAAUACUGUAGCUUCUCCAAUGGAGUGUGUUGUAACUUAAGGCUUGCGGCAGAACUGAACAUGCUUCCUUGAAGAAGUUAUUGUGCAUUAAAUCUGAUUCAUUCUAUUUUCUUCACAAUUUCUUAAAACUUUGUCAGAUUGCCACAUGACCAAUUCAAAGUGUCAAACUUUGUCAGAAGCACAUGAAACCGUUUUAUUAAUUUGGUAGAUGUAUAUAAUUUUCCCCUCAUGAGAUUAGUGCACUUUGUACCUAUAAUGCUGACAUAUUUGCAAAAUGAUUUCAAGGGGUCCUUGCACUGCCUGCUGGUAAAGAUCUUCGACAAGAUGAGACCUUCUAGUUUGAAAUCCUACUGCUAACUUGGAAAAUUGUUGAAAAAUGAAUGCUUCACAGUAUUAAAAUUAAUUGAAGAAUGAACAUCUCACACAACCAGUCUGAUAUAUUUGUUCCUGUGUAUAGGCAUUUCUUCCAGCAUAACCUAUGUAGUUGACCUGAAUUAAAUUUGAAAUUGUGAAGUAGCAGUCGUUACUCCAAUUCAUGAUCAAAACAAACAAUUCUAUACUGUUGGCACUGUGAUAUUUAUUGUCACUGAUAUGGAACUCCUGUCAUAAAUUGACACUUCAAUUAAAUCAUAAAUAUUGCUUAAAGUGUUAAAGAAUGUUCCCAAUUUCUCAUUGUUUGGACAAAUGCCCUGUUUUAGGUAUUUUCUAUGUAUUAAUAGUGCAUGAU